AUGAAUCCUUUGAUAGUUUUGGACGAGAUUGACAAACUCGGGAGGGACUUUCGAGGAGACCCCGCCUCUGCACUUCUCGAAGUUUUAGACCCUUCGCAAAACAAUUUAUUUCGAGACCAUUAUGUCGACGCCCCUGUGGACUUGUCGAGGGUUUUGUUUGUUUGCACUGCCAACGCCCAAGACGCCAUUCCAGGGCCGCUGCUGGACCGCAUGGAGCUAAUUCGGAUUGCUGGAUAUAUCCACGAAGAAAAAGUCUCAAUUGCAAAGCAGUAUUUGAUUCCCAAGACGGCAGAGGCUACAGGCUUGAACGACUCGAGGGUUUCCAUUGAGCCCUCAGCCCUCAAUGUUAUUGUCCGGGACUACGCGAGAGAGGCGGGGGUUAGAUCUUUAUCGAAGUGCAUAGAAAAGCUUUUCAGAAGAGCGGCCCUCGCCAUCGUCCGGUAA